ACGAAAAGCACAAAAGUUAAACUUUCAUUUGUCGUCUGUGCACAAAACCGAAAAAUUAAAUUCUCGUUAUUUCUCGUCUCAAAGAGUUAUCUGAAUAUAUUUAAAAAAAGAAAGGAGAACAGAAUCGUGAAAAUGGACUACAAUAUGAUGCCAGUAAAUUACAUUUUAAACGAUCAAAUUACAAAGUUAAACUAUACUCUGAUUCCACCUGGAUUUCAAGGAGACGUCCGAACUAUGAGAAUGAUGCAAGAAAACCUUUCGAAGUUGAUUGAUCGGUUGGGGGAACAGUCAGCUGCAGCUCAAGCCCUAAACAGAGUAAUUACCACAGCAGAAAAGCUACGGAAUUCACCAGACCACCUCUUAUAUCUGUUAAAAGACAGUCAGGCUAAAGGGGGCAAUGGUGAAUUGAUUGGCCUGCUGAAAGUAGGUCGGAAACAUCUCUUCUUAUUCGACGAUCAAGACAAAGUGCGCGAAGUUGAACCUCUGUGCAUCCUCGACUUUUUCGUUUUGCCAGACCGGCAGAGACACGGCUACGGAAAAGUUUUGUUCGACCACAUGCUUAAUGGCCUGAAUACAUCAGCCAACAAGCUGGCAAUUGAUGGUCCUUCAGCCAAAAUGGAGCAAUUCAUAAGGAAAAAUUAUGGCGUUGAGCGCCUGAUUCGCCAAAGCAACAACUUUGCUGUUCCGCCGGAUUUCUUCUCCAUAGUUUCGGAAAGCAAGUCAGGGCGUUGCACUCCAGUGAUGACGGGCGCAGUCGGCCGGUUUUCAGCUCCGAAACCGCAGUCCAUCAUAGGCAAUGUUAUCCAUGGUGACGAGUACCAGGAGGCUAACAAUGCCUUUCUCCGUUGGUAUGAUAAUAAGCAGGUAACUUCACGAGCACCAAGCCCCUCUGUAGAAGUUGAACCAACAGCAUACACUGCAGAACACUUAGACACUGAAACAAACAGUGUAAGAUCACCGUCACCGAUGAAAAUGAACAAUGAGGAUGCUGCCAAGGCGGACCAAGAAAAACUACCUAACAUUCAAAAAAGUCCUGAAAGACCUUCGACUCUCAAAGUGGAGCCAGUUUCCGGGAAUCCUGCCCCGGCUCUGUCGCCCGCAGGUUCCACUACGUCCCGCCGCGCGUCGCAACUAACAGAUCGCGGCUACUUCGAUGUGAAGUUCUACCACAACAAGCUGUGGUAAAUGUCCACCUGUGUAAGUGGCGAUUAGCGCACAUGUUGUGGCCUCGUCGCCUAGGUUGCCAUCAAUAUGCGAUGUUGUGUAAAUUUCAACCACAGGAUCGCCUAAUAUUUAUAUUUCAUCACGACUUUUACUAGUCACGCUAUUUUAUGAAAGAGUUGAUCCUGUUUUUGACUUUCACACAUUCUGUGCAUAAUAAAAAGACAACCUCCAUCAACUAGACGAGUGAGUGUCGUGCCAAUAUGCAUUUCAAUACUACAGGCAAACCGUAACAGUGAGUCCUCAGUCGCGCGAUACAGGACUGCGAGAUGUUACGACAGAGGCGAGCGACGAACAUGAGUGACGCGACUGAAUGAAUGAAGAAUACGCCUGCCACCCUAUCUAUAACUAUAACUUGAUCUGUCUCCCGUCUAUCGUCAUUCUACGCGCUCCUGUAUGGCGCGGGCGACGAUUACAGAUGUUUGCCUUUACAUAAAAAUUCCAUUUUUAAACGGUAGUAUCGCGGCGAUUUCCAUUCGUUCGACAGCGACAGCAGGAAAGUAGCUCCAAAGUCCAUGAAUUUAUUGAAACUCGUGCAGUUCAUGUUUGCGCCGCGUCUUAUAUACUUCCAUAGCCCUAGUCCCAGGCCUAAACUCUCUCGUCGAGGUGUCGCCAAACGCAUAAUCUAUAAAUUAUAUAAGUCCAAAACCUCUAGAUAUUUAAUUAUUGUCUUUGAAUGUAAUGUCCAAACCAUAUAUGCCGCUUAGUAUUGUAAGACAAUUUUAAUAACGAUUUACAUAGCCCUAGUAUCUUGAUUCUCCACAAGUCAAGUAGUGUAACACUAUGGCGUGUUCCGUCAAAUGCAUUGAUCGACAGUUAGAUAAUAAUGAUGGUAAAAGCCCUUGAUGGCCACAUAUUCGUCGUUUUAUACCAGCUGCAAAAUUUUCCAGCUUGUUUUCCUACAGUAGGUACUGUAAGCAACAACGGAGUUUAGACUAUUGUGGCUUUGGAGCAUUAACAGGUUUCAUGGGUCUAGACAAUUAAUUCCCUGAGCACAAAACAUGUUUUUAAUAUUAUCUAGGUACUGGAUAUUAUAACAAAACAUUAUCCCCAGUCGCCAUGCUCUUAACUGUGGCAAUCCUUCGUUUUCUGAACAAAGUAUUGAAGCUAAGUAAUUGGCGAUUGAGGAUUGAGAUUUCAUAAAUUAUAAAAUAAUGAAAAAAUACGCUUUGUACGAGCUACCACCCCAAAGCCGCUAUGGUCCAAACUUUAUAGUAAAGGCUAACUAAUUCAACAAUUAUCUGAAAAUGAGCAGCAGUCUGACUGUCAGAGGUUCUUAUUCUAUAAUAUAAUCAGAGGAAUGGGCUUCUCUUUUUUUAAUUUAUAUUUAUAAUUUCGGUGUUCCAUCGUUAUUCGUAACUUAGGAUCUCAUACAAAAGUCUUGAUUGAUUUGUUUGUCCAAAAUGCCUACAAAUAAUGUGCGUUGAAGGCUGAAUUCUAAAAUUUUAAGUCUUUUAAAAGCUAAAUGUUAGAAAUACGAAACAAUAGGUGUAUGUGUUUUGAUAUAGGCACGAAUACGAUUUUGUCUUGAUGUUAGUCAAAAAUGACAUAAUUAAAACAUUCCUAGAAUUACUUGUGCACUAAAUUAGAUGCUUUUAUCAUUCAUAGAAAUGAAUGUUUGUGUGCGCCAGACUUUGUCGCUAGUUAAAUAUUGCGUAUGUGAUAAACGAACCAAACUAACCGGAACAAUAACCGGUGAACAACAAUUUUUGUUUUAUAAUUUUAUUUUUAUAAGUAUCUAAUUUCACGCGUACCUAUUAUAUUAUUAUUGUUGUUUUAUGAAUUGAUUAAUUUAUUGUUAAUUUAUAAUAAUUGUUGUGAUUCUUAUCUUAAGAAGUCUACCUGGUUUUGGAUGUAAUAGUAAGUUGAGAGUACAAACGCCAUUCACAUCAGUGACGCUAGCAUGCUACUAACGAAAAGAGGAAUAGACAAAAUUCAACCAAUGGCGGCACAACCCGAUCUCUUUUUAUUGCGUUGGUACGAAAAAGAUGGGACUAGGUCCGACGCCAUUGGACAAUUUUUUUUCUUUUUAUCUUCACUGGUCGCAUGUUAGCACCACAAGCGAUGUUCCUGCGCUCGCCCAAACAAACCUCCAGUAACGCCGCUAUGAUCCCAGUUUUAAGGAAUCUACGUCACUUACACGAACAAAAUAAAAAACUGGUCAAGUCGUGACCAGUACCAUGGUUCUGUAGAUUCAAUUAGCACUUUGAUCCCUUUACAAUUGUCAAAACUACUAGUAUCAUGACCCCACACACCUCAAUAUUGUACAAACAAAUGGUCUCCAGACCCACCAAAUUUUUUAAAGAUACCUCAUUUACAUGUUGGGAGGUAGGUACCAUGAAAAAUAUUUUUCAAGACGUUAAAUGUACGUAUAUAUUUAUGCUAAAUUACAUAUUUCUAGUAAUAAUAAGACAGACGGACAUGGCGAAACUAUAAGGUUUCCUGGUUGACUACUAAAAAGUCUUUGUUUGUGUAAAUGAAAGGAAAGUCAGCACAGCAGAAACAUUAUUUUGAAUAAGAGGACAUGUGAGGCAUUGUUAAUAUAAACCCGUCCACCAACAAACCGUUGCUUAGCAACCGUUCACAGACAUAAUAUGAUAACUUUUGAAAAUCCGUUUCUUCUUUCCUGACGAUCCCUAAGUUUCACACGCAAAUGCGCCUGUACAUCUUACUAUUACAACUAAUGCCAAACAAUCUUUUGGAAUUCUUAAGAAUUCUCAAGAAGAAGCUCAGCUGUAUCUUGUAAACAAACUUAUAAAAUUGUACUAAGUUUCAAAAUUGUGAAUUUAAGAAAGUUUUUGACAUUUUAAUUUUGAGAAAAUUUGUUUUAUUCUCUAGUAAAAUAAAUUUCUAAUCCAUUAAAA